CUGAUAUGUUCCCUCACACGUCCCAUCUCCGUCUUUGCUCUCUCUCAGUAAAACCAUUUUCUCUCUCUCUAAAACCAUGGACUCAGUUAGUCUAUGUUGUUUUCGCCGAUUAAUUGAGCAAAUGCCAACCUCCGCUAAGCUUCUCGUUCUCUGAGUAAACGACGCCGUUUUUGUGUUCCGGUUAACCUCCACGAUGGCCUGGAACGUUGUGCGGUAGUCAUAGACAUAGAGAGAAAGCAAGCUUGUGAUUCUACCUAUUAUUUUUAAAUCUUGAGUUUUCCGGUUGGUUUGAAUCUUAAGUUUUCUUCCUUUCAUGAUUAAAAUUCUCAGCUCUGAUCAAUAUCACCUAAUUGUUUAAAAUAUUUGAUAAUCUCCUGUCCAAUCGAUCUCAACCAUCGGAUUGGAUUAUUCCUUGAAUGCUUUGUUUAAGCUUUUGUGGAGCUGAGUAGUGAAAAAUAAAGCUAAAUUAGAGUUGAAUUUAGUGAUAUAAGAGAGCUAUGCUGGAUCUUAAUCUGAACGUGGUGUCGAUCGAGUCGACUCAACAGAACGUGGACGAACGAGUCGACUCGGUGGUAUUUUUGGAGAAAUUUCCUGAAGGUUCGUCGGGAACCUCUAAUUCAUCUAUCGUCAAUGUGGACGCGUGCAGCAAUGUUGAGGACGACGAGUCGUGCUCUACACGCGCCAACGUCAGUGACAACACUGUUUUCACCUUCAACUUCGACAUAUUAAAGGUCGGUGAGGGCAGAGGCAAGAGCGAAAACGAGAACAGGAAUCAGAGCGAAGUUGUGACAAAGGAGUUUGCGUUUUUUCCGGUAAGUGGAGGAACAAAGCGAUAUGGAGGUGACUUAGCGACCUGCGAGGGACAGUCUUCUAGAAACUGGAUCGAUCUUACAUUUGACAAACAACAACAGCCGCAGCAUCAGCAACUACAACAACAGGAAGGUGGAGUAGAGGUGCGAGCAGUGCAGCAACCGUCACAGCCGGUGAAGAAGAGCAGGAGGGGUCCCAGGUCAAGGAGCUCCCAGUAUAGAGGAGUCACGUUUUAUAGGAGAACUGGUCGAUGGGAAUCUCAUAUCUGGGAUUGUGGAAAACAAGUGUAUCUGGGUAUGAAUAUGAUAUUAUGUAAUUUUGAUUCUAAAAUGACUUUGGCCAGUCAAGGAAGUUACUACAAUUUGUUUUUAUUUUCUCUAUUUUUUGGCGUAUAUCAAUUUUAUGUAUGGGUUUCUUGUUGCAUAUAUUUAGGUGGAUUUGACACUGCCCAUGCUGCGGCUAGGGCUUAUGAUCGAGCUGCUAUUAAGUUCAGGGGUGUUGAUGCUGACAUCAAUUUUAAUCUUGCUGAUUAUCAGGAAGAAUUGAAACAGAUGAAGGAUCUGACCAAAGAAGAAUUUGUGCACAUACUACGUCGCCAGAGCACUGGUUUCUCAAGAGGAAGCUCAAAAUAUCGGGGGGUGACACUUCACAAAUGUGGCCGAUGGGAAGCUCGAAUGGGGCAGUUCCUUGGCAAAAAGGCUUAUGACAAGGCGGCCAUCAAAUGUAAUGGAAGGGAAGCAGUCACCAACUUUGAGCCAAGUUUAUAUGAAGGAGACAUGGUCUCUAAGGCCGGUAACGAAGGCAGCGAGCAUAAUCUUGACCUGAACUUGGCAAUAUCUCCAGCAAAUGGCAGUGGUUUGCACACUGUAAGAAAUUCAAAGAUGGAAAACUCUACUGCUGCAAUAGCAGGUGAUCCACCUUCCAGAGGAGUGAGGACUUCUGAGCACCCAAUUUUCUGGAAUGGUUUAUAUCCCAGUUUUCUUCCCACUGAGGAAAGAGCAACAGAGAAGAGAAGUGAGUUAGGUCUCCCCAACUGGGCAUGGCAAAUGCAUGGUCAGGUCAGUGGCAGCCCAAUGCCGCCAAUGUUCUCUACUGCAGCAUCAUCAGGAUUCUCAUUUUCAGCUACCCCUCUCCCGGCUGCCAUUCUUUCAUCAAAACCUCUCAACUCCGCAGCCCUCAAUCUCUGUUUCACUCCUCCACCCACCACCACUGCCGCCAACACCUCUCAGUUCUUUUAUCAGAUGAACCGACCACAGCUGCCACCAUAGCCUAUCUUCACUUCACCCCUAAAAUAUACAGUCACAAUAGGCAUCAAUAACAGCGGUGAUCUUCAAAUUCAAUUGUAUGAUUCCAAUAUUAAUUCAUAUGCCCCCUAUAUGUAUCAAGAAUGUGCUAAUCCCAUUUGAAGUGUUUUUACUACAAAACUUAUUUUAUUUCUCAAUAUUAUGUUAUGUGUGAAAUUAUUAGAAGUAUUUUCCAUUUUGAAACAA